AUGGAACCGCAAAAUCAGCAACAAAUCCAAUCCCAAGAAACACCCGAGCAACCUCAACUGAAAAGAUGUAAGCAGUUACUCCUGACAGUGGACGAAGUACUCGAGCUGAUUCCUUCGCGUCAGAAUUUGAGGGACGUAGCCGACAGUCUCGAAGAUUACAGCCUCGACGCGCUGUUGACGGAUACCAUUACUACGAAGCAUACCAAACAGAACCACGAAAAAAGUUCGGCUAUUCUUUCCUUUUUCGAUGCUCGCAAGAUUUUACAUGUGCAGGAUCAAGCUGCCGUUCGUUUACGAUUGUAUCGGCGUAUGCCAACUUUCUUAUACAAUGGCCGCAUCAGCGGCAUGGUCGGUAGAGUGAAUGGUUACUUCUACUUGAACAUCGAAUACUCCUAUGGGCACGAGGCUGCACCUGCCGUCGAAAAUAACGCCGUCCCACAAAAUGUACGUGCAUACAUCGCUGCACAUGCCAUCGACUUGGAUGCACAACAGCUGCAUCGUAACAUUAUCCGUCAGUUUCGACAAGAAACGACAAGAAUAACGCAGGGGCAAGUGUAUCACUGGGAGUGCCAGUCAAUCUAAGACCAAUAUACACUGCACGACACCAGUUCAGAUAGGCAGAGACGCUCGUCGGCAGAGCCACUGACAAGGGUGUCUGUAAGGUAUGUCAAAAUGUCCUAAAUAAAUAUUAAUACAUGCGAGGAUCGUGUAUAUGUUCACUUCGAUGCGUUGAGAAAUAGACAAGAACCAUUAAUAUAGAAUCAAU